UCAUACGCAAAUAAAUGCAAGAAAACUGCAGCGAUCACUCUAUCCAUGCAGAAUGGAGGAUGAGGAUGGUAACCCACAAGAGGAUUGUGAAACAGAUGAUAAAGAUGCACCCUUGCUUUACUCAGAAAACAUACCUCCUCUUAAUAUUAUGAGGGUUCAUCUAACUACCAGUCCAGUAUUAUCUAAAACAACCGACAAAGAUGAACAGACAACAUGUGCUGUCAAUAAACUACAAGAUGAAGAAAGGGAAGAUUUGAAAUUAGAAACACAUCAGGAUAUCAGAAGGAUGUAUAUAAAAAAUAUCAACUCUUUACAAAAUCAAAGAAAUUUUAUGACUUUAUGCAAAGACAGUAUUACCAGAAAUGUCAAUGAUUUUAACAGUGACACCACAAGUGUGCCACCUGUGAACAAGAGCUUAGAUGUGCCUAAAUUGGUUAAAUUCACACUGCUGGGUAGAAUAUGUACAGGACCUAGGAAGCUGAUGGCACAGACUGAUGUUAGACCAGAUGUUGGUGUAGACGUUCUGGAAAUCGACAAAGAUACUACUUUUAUCCCAAAUCUAGAGGAUAUUAAGUCACAAAUAAGUUCUGAAGUUUCACCCUCUGUUGUCAGUGAAGAUCAAGAAGAAACUGAUAAAAAAAGAUAUUCUUAUUCAUCAGGUGAAAACCAAGACUUUGAUCAUCCCGAAGCUGAUAACUUUAUUCGUGCUACUGCUGAAAAAUUUGAAAGUGUGAAUGUUUGGGAUGAGGAAUACACAUCUUUGAAAAACAAUCUUCUAAACAAUGAUCCACUAGUAUACCAAGGACCUGAGAUUGAUGAUUCUUUUACUACAGAUUUUGAUAAAGAAGGGAAAGCAUCAAGGAAGAGAAAAGGGAAGAAACCUACAUUUGUACAGAUAAAACAAGAGGAUGCCGUUACAUCAGAGGAAGAAUUUCAUGAUGAAUUUCUCCCCAAAUCCAAUGAUUCUAUUUAUGCAUCUGUCGAGCAUAUCUAUGAUAAUGAAUCAGAAACUGCACAAAUGUCUCCAGAAAUGAAAAAGUUACAACAAAAGUUACAUCCCUUUGCAAUUACCUCCCCUAGUUUUAAUAAAGCUGCUGCACCAGCUGUCAUGACAACAUCAGUUGGCCACACUGGUACUGUUGUGACUGUGUCCAUAGUCACCAAAAAAUCUCAAAGUAACAUAGAACAUUUGACCCCAACAGACUUAAUGUCGGGAGGAAUAAUGUCUCUUAAUUUCAAGAAAGGUCAAAAUACUUACGAGGAUAUUGUACCUGAAGAUCCAAGCGAUGAUGAAGAUACAAAGAGUAAAACUGAACAAAAAAAGACAUAUUAUCAUGUAAUGGAAAAGUUGAAAGCUAUUGAGGCCGAUAACGAUGAAGAACUUCAUAAAAACUUAGAUCGCAUGGAAAUUAAUGUGCAAAUUCUUGAUACUCAGCUCGUUCAGAAUGGCGAACAAAAACGAUGGCAAUGUCAACUUUGUUCAAAAUCUUACACAACCAAACACAACUUGAUCACUCAUAUAUUAGAUCACAAUGGUAUUAAACCACAUCUUUGUAUGGUGUGUGGAAAAUAUUUUAAACAACUAAGCCACCUUAACACACACAUGUUGACACAUGAUAACAUUAAACCACAUGUGUGUACUAUUUGUGGGAAGGAGUUUACACAAAUAAGUCAUCUCAAAAGACACCAGACUGUUCAUCUAGAAAGUAGGCCUUAUAUUUGUGAUAUUUGUGGAAGGGGCUUUGCUUACCCUAGUGAGUUACGGACUCAUAAAGAAAAACAUAAUUCUGACAUAGAGAAAUGUGAUGAAUGUGGUGAAGAAUUUGAUUCUGUUAAGGCUUUAAAACUUCAUUUAGUGCUUCAUGAAAAAAGAGAAGAACUUAUCUGUAAAUAUUGUGGGAAAGUCUUUAGGUAUCCUAGUCAGCUGAAAGAUCACAUGAUCACACAUGAAGGGUCACGACCUUACAUUUGUACAGAGUGUGGUAUGGAUUUUAUGAAGGAGCAUCAUUUAAAGGCUCACCAGUUCACUCACUCUGGACAGAAACCCUUUGCCUGUGAUAUUUGUGGAAGAUCAUUCAACCAGAAAGCUAACAUGAUGCGGCAUGUAUUAAUCCAUAAUGCCACCAGAGCAUUCAAAUGUGAAGUGUGUGGCAAAACAUUUACUCAGCCACAAACCCUCAAAGCCCACCAAGUGGUUCACAGUAAAACUAAACCUUUCCAGUGCAAAUUUUGUGGAAAACAGUUUGGGAGGUUACAUAACUUACAGGGACAUCUCCAUAUGCACAAUGAUACAAAACCUUACUCUUGUUUCUGUGGAAGUACAUUUACUCUCAAAGGCAAUUUAAACAGACACAAGAAAGUCAAACAUGGACUAGACGAGUCUACAGAGGACAUGGAAGAACAGGCAGUCAACUUCCUGAACGAGAUGUCGUCUGGGCGAGUACAUAAUGAAAUGGACGAUUCUAGUAGUGUCGAACAAGUACUCUCUUCUCCAGAUUCUAAAUCACCAAGGAAAGGAAGAAAAUCUGUUCCUAGGAAACUUCUUCAAGGUCAAGGGGUCGGCCUACUGGAAGAAUCAGAUGAAAAUACUCUAAAUAAUGAUGAACAAUUGUCAAAGUAUUUCUACAAUACACUUGUUGAUGAAACUGAAUUUGACAAAAAUGAAAAUUUUGAUCCUGAAUCUGUUUCCUUGGAAACAGGUAUAGGUUUAGGUAUAGAAACAUCACCUGUAUCAAAGUCAGUAAGAAAACGUAAAAAACCUGAGCGGGUAUUUAACAUGGAUGCUUUUGAUGACAGCCAUUUUGAUGACAUGUCUGAAGAAGAAGGGGAAGACCUUGAAAAUGAAGAUAUUCCAAAUAAGAAAAUUAAAGUUAAUUCCAAAGGUACAAAACUGGAUUCUAUCCUUAAAGAAAAAUUUAGCAAAUAAAAUUGUACA